AUGGGUGGCUUUCAUAAAGACUAUCCACGACAGGCCGCCGACAAUCGCGAGCUCCAGUCAUGCUCUGACACUGCGACUUCUGGAGAUGAACUUUACGGCCUCACACGAACACCAUCCCUCCAUAGAGGCGCCACCCUUGGACCCCCAGCCAGGCGACGACAUCCAGGACUUCAUGUUAAUGUCAAGAGGGCGAGGCAGCUUGACCCGAACAAAGGACGGUGCAUGAUCACAGGUCGGUGUACCAAUGUCGUGAGCUGCCAUAUGCUCUCACUGGACACGGAUGACAAAACACUCACGCAACUUGAGUGGGCAUGGGGCUUGGGAUGGCGGCGGUUAGACGUCACUAGUCCAUAUAGCACACUUUUUGUUGGGGCAGAAUGGAAAGCCCUCUUCGACAGCCGCGACUGGUGUCUUAUUCCUGAUCUCUCCGUCCUCCACGCGCUUGAUCUGCUGACUGAGGAUCGGACUGCAAAUCGUCCUUUCAGAUUGAAUAAGGUACUUCGGAGUCGGAGUCUUUUCAAGUAUUACUUCGUCGCCAACUCGUCAUUGGAGGAUGCGAUCAUCACCGUUGAGUCAGCGCAUCGGAGCUUUGCCCUUCCAACAGAGCUGUCGCACGUUUCGUGGUCCGAGAACAGACAGAAUGUGCAUCUGUGGCUUGCUCACGUCAUUCGAGAGGUCGCAGACACGGGCUGGGAAUCUAUCACCCUCAACGACGAGCAGGUUGCUAACUACCUCGCAGAAGCGGAGCCCGUCUUUGCACCCCCAGCGGAAGACGACUGGCGCAAUUGGCGUCCACGGUGGGAUCGUCAGAAGGUGACGCGCAAUGACUCGAGACGGUUUUCGAGCAAUGAUUGGGCUGCCCUCGAGUUCCGUGUUUACCUGCCCGUCUCCUAG